AUGCCUGCCCGUCAAAUCUUCGCCCCCGUGCCCGUCUCGCCGUCCAGGCAUCCCCUCAAGAUCGACACGGCCAACGACCUCUAUGCCCACCUCAGCAGCUCUCUCGCCGGCCAGGCAUCCUCUCAGUCCACUCAUGUCCGCCUCGAGACCCCGAGUCAGGAAGGCUGGUCUGUCCCGGCUCCUCCCCCACCCAGUCCCGUCGGAUUCUGCGUCGAUAGCAGGGCCAUCAGCUGUUGA